AUGAGCUCUUGGAAUUCGAUCGUGAUGCAGCGCAGGACGCCCCUGUUCGUCUGCUCGAUGGCCGUCGUCGCCGCAUUAUUGCUACUCUCCUCACCGGCGAGUGCUCAGACCAGGAUCUGCGGAGUGAUCAUCGAGAAACUCACCGACACGUGUAGGGAGUACAUAAAGAUCCCGGGCCCGAAGGUGAACCCCUCCGCAGAGUGCUGCGCCCUAGUCGAGAAAUCCAACGUGCCAUGCCUGUGCGAUAAUCUCCCUCCGGGGAUCGAGGAGACGAUCAGCUUGGAGAAGGCGUUCUUCGUCGCCAGGAAGUGCGGGAAGAAAAUUCGCGCAGGAAGCAAACUUCACGGUUCCCCCGUCGAUGAUUUGAGAUGGAACGUGGUGCGAGGAGGGUGGACGGAGAAGAAAUCGGAGAAAUUGACAGGCUUUUAG